CGCAGCCUGGGGAGUGAACAGCCCCGGGCGCUCUGGGGCGCACAAAGCGCAGGCGCAGCGGGUUGGGAGGCCGCAGCACCAAGUAGCGGCCGUUUUGGCAGCAGCGUCGCAACAGGUGUAGACAGGUUCCGCCUGACUCUGCCCUGGAAAGUCCUUUUGAGGAAAUGGCCCUGGUGAGGGGCGGCUGGCUGUGGAGACAGAGCUCCAUCCUCCGCCGCUGGAAGCGGAAUUGGUUUGCCCUGUGGCUGGAUGGAACCCUGGGCUACUACCAAGAUGAGACUGCGCAGGAUGAGGAGGACCGCGUGCUCAUCCGCUUCAACGUCCGAGACAUAAAGAUAGGCCAAGAGUGCCACGAUGUGCAGCCCCCAGAGGGCAGAAGCCGAGAUGGCCUGCUGAUCGUGAACCUACGAGAGGGUGGCCGCCUGUACCUGUGUGCAGAGACCCAGGAUGAUGCCAUAGCAUGGAAGACGGCACUGCUGGAGGCGAACUCCACCCCGGUGCGCAUCUACAGCCCAUACCAGAACUACUACGGGGUGGUGCCCCCCAACGGUCACGAGGCCACAUAUGUCCGCAGCUACUAUGGACCGACCUAUGGCCCCGGCGUGACGCACGUAGUGGUCCGGGAGGAUCCUUGCUACAGCGCGGGCGCCCCCCUGGCCAUGAGCAUGCUUGCGGGAGCCGCCACAGGUGCAGCACUCGGCUCGCUCAUGUGGUCGCCCUGCUGGUUCUGAGCCCUGGACCCUGCGCGUAGACCAGAAAGACCCCUUUCCUGCUUGGUCCCACCCUCCACCAUCCAAACCCUGUCCCACUUGGCCCCUUAGUUUCCAUUAGCCCCUUCUGGGCUCGGAUCGUUCCUCCCACUCCCCACCCUCACCCUACACAUCAGAAGAAGCUAUCAUCCCAGGCACAAACAUAGCUCAAAUUUCUUUUAUCUACUGCUAGACACCCCAGAAAUCCGUUAUAGACACAUAUGUUUCCCCCAAACACGCCAGGACACAGAAAAUGCAACUCAUGGGUCUUCAAGUUGCCCAGGCACUGGAGACACAGGAAUCAGGUUCUUUCCCCUGGCAGCUCCAAGCUUGGUGCGGCAGACUGGAGUAAACAAACACUUUACAAGGUGGAGUUAUCAGUCUUUUGACAGUAUGACGGCAAAAAGUGAGGAAGGUAGGCUAGGAGUAAAGUUGUUGGCAAGAGUGCAGAGCCGUGAACAUAACGGCACAUCCAAAGAAUUGAAUGGGAGUUCAUUUGGGCUGGGGUGUGGGCAGGGGUCAGAUCAUGAUGGCCCUUCAGGCUAAGGAGGUUGCUGGCUAAGGGGGAGGUGUGAGCUUUUUGGAGGGAAGUUUCAUGAUUGCACCAUAAUGAAUAUAUUGCCUGUUUUAAUUCCCAAACCCAAAACACUCCCUGAGUUUAGCCUCAUCCUUCCCAGCUACCAAAUUUCUGGAUCCUUUGUUCCUUCAGUGUUCAGAAAGCACCUGUUUUCCAUGUCAAGGUGCCUGGGGCAGCAAUGGAGCUGAACCUGGGGUCCUCUUCCUGGGGGGCAGGUGAGCUCUCUUUGUGACUCGCCCUAGGUUGGUGCCUCCAUCAAGAAAUGCAUUUCUGUUCCCCAAAAGCUUGGCCCCCUAUCCAUAGCUGUAGCUAUCAGCAUCUCAGGCUUUGUCUCUUCCUUCACUCUUGGGGAGAUGGCAGUGUUCACCUCUGGGACCUGGUCCACCUUUGUCUCAGUCCUGAAGGCCCCACAUGUGCCUUCCUGCAGGUGGCCCAGCAGUCUCCCCAUUUGGUCCCCUUCUAGUCUCCUCCCCCAUCCUGUCCCAAUUACUAGUAGAAAUGCUAACAUCCCUGCCCAGUAGCCAGAGUAGCCUGCUAAAGUUCCCUUGUAGAUAGGGGCUCCAGUUGCCCUAUUGCAGAGACUAAUAAAGGUGUGGUUGGCUCUA